AUGGCUGAAGGGAGCAGCAGCGCAGCGCUUGUGACAGGGCUUAUCGUGCUGGCCGUGGUCUCCGCGGCUACCGUCACCUUCGUUGGGCACUCUCGUCUUAGAAGCAAGUACCUCUCGUCGAGCAGCGGUCGAGAUCCAGCAGGUGACGACAAUGCGGGCGCGGAACGCCCUGCCCCUGCUGGGGUAGGGGGGCCAGUUGGUCGGGGAGGAGCAGCAGACGAGGCAGGGGGGGAGCAGGAGGGAGAAGAAAAGGAGGAACCGAUGUUGCCUGCUUUGCUCACAGCAACCCCCCGCUGCUGGGAAAAUCCGCUUGUUCUCGGCUUCAGAAAGCUGAAGGCCAGGACGACUUUGGGAGCCUUUUCGUCAGUUCAACAAGCGAGGGCAAACACGGAGCUCCCAGAAGCUUCCAAAAACGUCCUGAGCCUCGACGGCACCUGGAGGUUCGCCCUGCACUCCUGCCCGGAGCACGCGCUGGCCUCCAGAUUUUUCUCUCGAAAUUUCCGGGAGGCUGCUGCGGGAGGCCUCCUGGAACGUGGUGGAAGCGGCGUUUCCUCGGAGGGGGGAGGGGGAGGAAGCGGCGACGUGCGCGGGGCGGACGGCCGCUGGAGGGACACUCCGGGAUACGACGUGCCCAUCUACACCAACAUACAGUACCCUUUUCCGGUCAACCCUCCCACCGUCCCCUCCGACAACCCAACGGGAUGCUACCGCCUCGAGUUCUCCCUCCCCGAUGCCUGGGGAACCUCCGGCGGCGGCGGGGGCGGCGGCGGGAGGACGGCGGUGGAGCAGAGGAGGGUUAUCUUGCACUUUGCGGGUGUCGACAGCGCGUUUUUCGCCUGGGUAAACGGGCACUUGGUGGGAUUCUCGAAGGACAGCCGUCUACCGGCGGAGUUCGAGGUGACGGAGCGAGUGCUCUACGGUUCCUCAGCCAAGAACGUGCUGUCGGUGAUGGUGCUGCGCUGGAGCGACGCCUCGUACUUGGAGGACCAGGUGCGCCCCUCCUGCCGCGGAAAUUUGAGGAAGGAGGCAUAG